AAGGAAAUAUUUUUAUGGCAAAUUAAGAUGAAUGGCCGGCCUGUGGUUUGAAUUGUCACCGAGUAUGGCAUAUUGAGUUAUAAAGUUGCCUACUAUUUUUUGAAUUUGCCUAACAAAAACACAUUCAUCAUUUCCUACUUCAAAUUUCCAUGGCUGUUGCAUUUCCAAAAUAAAAGUGAAUUUAUGAAAUAAGAAUUUGUUCUAUAAAUAGGCAAUUGGUGGGCAUUGAGGGGCAACACAAAUUCUUUAAGAGUUUUACAAGCAACAUCCCCCAAAUAACCAUUAACAAAAUGAAAUUCUUCAUUGUCGCCUUGGCCUUGGUUGCCGCCGUUAUGGCUGAUGUCUCCGAAUUGUCGGGUGGUUAUGAUUAUCAUGCCCCAGCUCCUUCAGCUCCUGUUAACACCUACAUUCCUCCAGCUGCUUCGGAACCUGUCAACACUUAUGUUCCUCCCGUAGCCGCCUCGGAACCCGUCAACACCUAUGUCCCCCCUGUAGCUGCAUCUGAACCCGUCAACACUUAUAUCCCACCCGCUGCUGCCUCAGCCCCUGAACCAACUGUUGAAUUGGCUCAAGACGGUUACCGUUACAAGACCCACCGCCACCGUGUCUACCGUAAACGUGUCUAAAUUAGAGUUGUAAAUAUUGAAGUCAAUUGUGGACUGUGAUAUUUGAACGAAGUUGUUGAG